UCAAAAGUGUGUACGAAGCGAAAAAGAGGGAGCGAGAGAUAGAGAGAGAUAGAGAGAGAUUGAAAGAGAUUGAAAGAGAGCAAUCUAAAGUUGCAUUGAGCCCUGUUUCCAAUGCAAUCGAACGUUCGCUUAUUAUUUGCGAUGGAUUGUCAACGGAUUUAGUAAUUUAUCAGGGAUUUGUUUACAUUUUGACCAAUUUGUUUGACAGUUGCCACGCAUAUGUGCCAAGUUGUCAAGCGUAUGUGCUUGGUUUAUCUUUUCGUACAAUUCUAUUACAUUUAAGUGAUAGAAACGUGAUAUACAGUACACUUUGGGCGAAUAUUGGAGCGGAAACUGAAAAUUAACUGAAACUUCUAACCAUGGACAGCAAUCAAUUGUUGAACGUACAAAAUGACAUAGACGGUGACUCGAAAGUGGCUUUAUUGACCGGCAUAACGGGACAGGAUGGUUCGUAUUUGGCUGAAUUCCUACUGGAAAAAGGAUACACAGUGCAUGGCAUCAUACGGAGAGCCAGCACAUUUAAUACGAGCCGCAUUGAGCACUUGUACGCUGAUCGAAGCAGCCAUCGACAAGGAAGAAUGAAAUUGCACUACGGUGAUAUGACGGAUAGCAGUAGUCUGAUCAAAAUUAUAUCAGCCGUUCGACCAAAUGAAAUUUAUAAUUUGGCAGCCCAAAGUCAUGUUAAGGUAUCAUUUGAUCUCAGCGAAUACACAGCCGAAGUAGAUGCAGUCGGAACACUUAGAUUGUUAGACGCCAUUCGAACGUGUGGUUUGGAGAAAAAAGUGAAAUUCUAUCAGGCAAGCACAUCGGAACUUUAUGGAAAAGUAGUUGAAACACCUCAAAGUGAGAAAACUCCAUUUUAUCCACGUUCGCCGUACGCAUGUGCCAAAAUGUAUGGUUUUUGGAUUGUGAUCAAUUACCGUGAGGCAUACCAAAUGUUUGCGUGCAAUGGAAUUUUAUUUAAUCAUGAAUCACCCAGACGUGGCGAAAACUUUGUGACACGUAAGAUAACGCGAUCGGUAGCCAAGAUUUCGUUGAAUCAGAUUGAAAAUUUCGAAUUGGGCAAUUUGGAUUCGAAACGUGAUUGGGGCCAUGCCAAGGACUACGUUGAGGCAAUGUGGCUGAUGCUACAGCAAAAGGAACCACAGGACUUUGUGGUGGCCACCGGUGAAACGCACACCGUGCGCGAAUUUGUUGAAGCCUCGUUCGCUGUGAUUGGACGCAAAAUUGAGUGGCAAGGUGAAGGCGUCGAUGAAAUGGGCAUCGAAGCGGGCACCGAUAUUGUUCGAGUCAAAGUGAAUCCAAAGUAUUUCCGACCAACGGAAGUCGACCAACUGCUCGGUGACUCAUCCAAAGCACGACGUGAACUUGGAUGGAAGCCAAAAGUUUCAUUCUUGGAUUUGGUCAAAGAUAUGGUCAAUUCAGAUGUCGAACUAAUGCGUAAAAAUCCAACCGCUUGAACAUAUUCUGUUUGCUGUCGGCACAAACUAUUUUUCAUAGUGUGAACUUACAUUUAUUAGUUUCAAACAAACGAAGAAACAUCACUUUUUAUUUUAACAUUAUCAACCGAGUUGAUAAUCAUUCCAAGACACAUUUAUGUUGCACAUUUCAUUUUUGGUUAUGUUCUUUGCUGCUUUAACGUACAUUCGAAAUGCAAACUAUUCAGGGACAUCAAAGUAGUUCUGUUUUUGGAAAAGGCUUUCUAUGGAUUUUAUAUGCUGAUAUGCAAUAAUCUUUAACUGUCCCCUUCGCAACCGAUAAUCAACCUCCAGGCCACAAUCAAACGAAGAAUUUCUGUUAUUACCAAAUAUAUGACAUAAACCGAAAUUGUAAUAAUAAAAUAGCAUUUAUGUAAUUAAAAA